UUCCAACCAAGCCAUCAGCUCCACAGCUUGUCCAUUUUCCUUGUAGCUAGCUCGCCAGCCAUGGCCGCACAGGCGAACCCCUCCUACUACCAGAGCUCCCGUGUCACCCAGCAGAUAGAGCAGACCGAGCAUACCUUCAAGCUGUACAUGUACCAGUACUUCCAGCCAGGAAACAGCAACCAGAGGGUGAUCUUGGCUUCAGGAGCUCCCAAUGCUUUCGGUAACAUCACUGCGCUUGACUGGGCCAUACAUGAUGCUCAAAGCCCCACGGCCAAGGUCGUCGCGCGCGCGCAAGGCAUGGCGCUCGGGUCCGAACAGGCCGCCAUUCGUUAUUUCAUCUGCACCAACAUUAACUUCACCGAUGAGAGGUUCAAGGGGUCCAGUCUUAAGCUCCUUGGAAGCUUCGUAGACAGCGUUGACGACGAAUGGGCAAUCGUUGGUGGGAGCGGAGAGUUCUCAUAUGCUCAGGGUGCGGUCAAAUACAAAGUACUCCAGAACAGCAACGCUAUGAUCGUCAGGGAGCUUAAUAUCCGUGUGUUGUGCCAGAACAUGCCACCACAGAAGUCUGCAAAGAAAGAUGGCCCGGCUGUGGGCGGGGACGGAGGGGUUGAGUUUGACAUCACAGAGGCACCCCAACGUCUAGAGAGUGUGACGAUCAAAAGCGGUGAUAUAAUUGAUUCCAUUGCAUUCACCUACACUGAUAAGGAUGGUAAGAAGCAAAUGUCGGGUCCAUGGGGUGCUAAAGGUGGCGACGAGAGAACGAUCGUGUUUGCUCCUGGGGAGACCCUGACCAAGGUCGAUGGAACAACCAAUUACUAUGAAGGAAAGGUCACCGUGACAUCGCUUACCUUCGUUACCAACCUGACCACAUAUGAGACUUUUGGAAAGGGAAAGGUCAUUGACCCCGCUAAGUUCACCUUGCCUAGCAAGAGCGGUGAAAAUAUCGUGGCCUUCUUCGGGCGCGCUGGUUCAUUUCUCCAUGCGCUUGGUGUGUACACAGCCUAAUCUAACAAAGAUUAAUAUCUAGCACGAGUGUGCUUCCCUUUUAUUCAAAUAAUUAUUGUUGUGUCACGCGGCACCUUCUAAUGGCUCUCCAAGUGUUUCAACAGUAAUAAUAAGGACAUUAAUGUUCAUGUUUUCGAAAUA